AUGUCAGGCGGUGGUCUCGCCGGAAACGGUUCUCUCGACGAUGAGCUAGCGAGGAGCCACGUGGUGAGGCUGCGCGGGCUGCCGUUCAGUGCGACGGAGUCGGACAUUAAGUCCUUCUUCGACGGGCUCGACAUCGCGCCUGACGGCAUUGUCCUGCAGCUUAACUACCAAGGUCGAGCGACUGGCCAGGCCUUCGUUCGCUUCGCGGACGCCGAGAAUGCGACCAAGGCCCUCGAGCGUAACAGAGUGUUGCUGCCCCUGACUCACACCUAUAUUCGUGUUGCUUCCAGGCAGCACAUCGGGUCGCGUUAUAUCGAGGUUUUCAAGGGGCACUCAGCAGACAUGGAGGGGGCCUUGCGGAUGGCGGGCAGGGGCGGUGCUGCUGCUGCUGGUCCGGGGGCGGGGGCGCCUAAUAUGGGCAUGGCGGGCAAUAUGGCGGCGGCAACAUCUGGGCUGCUUGCGGGUGGUGCUGCGGGGGCUGGGGUGCCAGGAAUGGCGGGCAACACGGACAUGCGCUACAGCGGCGUCAUCCGCAUGCGCGGCAUGCCCUAUAGGUGCGCGCUCUGCCUUCCCCUUGCCGUACGUGCGUCGCAUCGAGCUGUGUCCCACGUCUCCCUGCUGCAUUUUCUCUCCUCCUCGUGUCCCGCGAAUACUCGCAGCUUCCUGCCACCUCAGUCUCUUUUCCGCCAUCUCCUCGCCCCUCCCUCCCCGCCCUCCCCGCGCUCCCCGCCCUCCCCGCGCUCCCCGCUCUCCCUGGGCUCGCCCCGGCGUGCGCGGUGUGUGCGUGCGCGCAGUGCGACGUCGGCGGACAUAGCGGCGUUCUUCAAGGGCAUGCAGAUAGCGCACGACGGCAUCUUCCUCUGCUCGCACCCCGACGGCCGCGCCACCGGCGAGGCGUUUGUGGAGUUUGCGAAUGAGGAGACGGCAGCGAGGGCGCUGCAGCUGCACCGAGAACCCAUGGGCCACCGGUACGUGGAGCUGUUUCGGAGCACCAAGGGGGAGAUGAUGGCGGCGGUGCAGCAGCGCAUGUACUCCAUGUUCCCGCCCGUCCCCACCUUCAUGGGCCCCGUACCGGGAAUGAUGGGCUUCGGAAUGCCCAGCCUGGGCGCCGCCAACCUCGCCGCCAUGCACAUGGGCGCGGGCGGAAUGGGGGGCGCAGGCGGAAUGGGCGCAGGGGGGAUGGGGGGCGGAGGCAUGGGGGGACCAGGAGGUCCCGGGGGCGGAAUGGGCGCAGCGCAGGCAGCAGCAGCGGCGUCAGAGAACGUGUGCAUAAAGAUGCGCGGGCUGCCCUUCAGUGCAGGCCAGGAGGACAUUCUGGCGUUUUUCGAGGGGUAUGAAGUGGUGGGGAACGGUGUGCACAUUAUGACGGGGCACAACGACCGGCCUACAGGAGAGGCGUUUGUGGAGUUUGCAUCGUCGGAGGAGGCAGGGCGGGCCAUGGAGCGCCACCGGCAGCACAUGGGGAAUCGUUAUAUUGAGCUCUUCCGUGUCUCCAAGAGUGAGGCGCUGGUGGCGGUGCAAGGGGGGUCGUUGGCAGGGUUCAACAUGGCGGGGGCGUUGGAUCCCAACAUGCAGCUGCUGCUGCUGCAACAACAGAACUAG